UGAGACUCAGUCUUUACUUCACAGAAGCCAGUGGAGAUGACUGCUACCAACCUCCAACAGAACGCAGGCCAAAGGCACAUCAGCGCCAAAGAGGAGAGAAAGCUACGGAAACCCCUCAUUGAGAGAAAGAGAAGGGAAAGAAUAAAUCACUGUCUUGAUCAGCUGAGAGAGACGGUCGUUGGGGCUUUCAGGCUUGAUCAGUCUAAGUUAGAGAAGGCGGAUAUUCUUGAGAUGACGGUGAAACAUUUGCAGAACAUCCAGGGCAAUAGAGAUUCUGACCCCGUUCUGGAUGCAGAGGCCCAACAGAGGUACAGUACCGGGUAUAUCCAGUGCAUGCAGGAAGUUCACAAUCUGCUACUUUCCUGCGACUGGAUGGACAAAACCCUGGGGUCCCGCCUGCUCAACCACUUGCUCAAAUCUCUACCUCGAUCGGCCAAGCUCCCCAAGAACUCCCCGACAAGUGUUUCUUCUAGUGAUGAGCUGGACAGUCCAAAAGCCUGCCCUCCUUCUCCGGUCUUGUACGAGAGGGCCGUCCAGUCUCAGGAUCAGUGUUCUUCGCCCAUGAGAAUGAGCCCUCAUCUCUCAGUUCUAGAGAUGUGGAGGCCUUGGUGAAAUAUCUGUCAUUUUAACAGAUGGUGUCUGCAUGUAUGUUUAUGUAGUGCAUAUGACUUGGACAUUUGUAUGUACCGUUUUGUACGGAUGUCGACCAAGAAUGUAUAUGUGUGAAGUAUGCUGUCUCACUCAGUGUGAAUUCACACACAGUUUUUGCUGACUGUGUAGAGCCUCCUCUAAUAUGUAUCUUAUAGAUAUGUUUCACUGCACUCGUGUGUGUGAGGUGGAUCUAGUCCAGAAUAGCUCCCAUUUCAGACCCUCUCGACUUCCUCUCUGAAGUAAAGCUACUGUAGCCUGCAUUGUAGAAGGCCCCUAUUAAUAAUUUUAUUUAUUUAAUUAACACUAU